AUGAUUGAAUAUAAUGUGACUGUUCUAGCUAUAAUGGAGGAUUGGGAUAAGAAACUAACUACAGCUGCUAGGUAUGGAGAUAUAGAAGCCUUAAAAUUAAGCCUACAGAAUGGUGCAGACAUUGAUUAUCGAGAUAGAUAUGGAGAGACAGCAUUAAUGAGGGCUGUCGAGAAAGGACACCUGGAGAUCUGUAGACUCCUCAUUGAUAAAGGAUGUAAGAUCGACAUCACAGCAGGUAGUGGAUGGACAGCAUUAAUGUUGGCUGCCAAGGGAGGACACCUGGAGAUCUGUCGUCUCCUCAUUGAUACAGGAUGUACGAUCGACAUCACAACAAACACUGGAAAAACAGCUUUACAUUUGGCUGCUGAGGAGGGACAUCUACAGAUCACAAGAUGUCUGGUAGAACAAGGCGCCAGUCCCUUAGUUACAACACAUAAGGGUGAGACUCCAUAUGAUCUAGCAGCAAAAAGCAAAUGGAGCCAGUAUGAAGAAGUGAUGGAAUACUUACAGACUGUCAUGUCAGAGAAAUCUCCAGGUGUGACUGCUGGUCAAGGGAUAGAAGAUGAAGUCCCAACUGAAAUAAAGUUAAUGACUGACAAAAGAUCUGUCGAAUUGUACCUUAAAUUACUUGAGUCAGGCUCUGAGAAAAAGAGAGACAUACGUUUAGUAGUAGUUGGAAAAAAAGGUGCAGGAAAGACUUCAUUGAUUAAAAGAUUGUUUGGUGAAGAUAAUACAGAUGUUACUAGUACAAAUGGAAUAGAAAUUCAUAAAAUAAAAUGCAAAGCAAUGUCUGAUGAUGGAAUAUGGAAUAAAUUAGAUGGAAACUAUGACGGAACUGAAAUUCAUGCAAGACUAUUGAAGGAAUAUGAUGUAAAACUUCAGGACAAAGGAACAAUAGAAGAACCAGUAGAAUCCCACAUUGCCAUUAAGGACAACACACCAGCAACAAGUUUUGAGGAAUCAAAGAAAUCAGGGACAGUAUAUCAGCAGCCUAAAAUAAUGACACCUCUAGUAACCACUGAAUCUCAAGUUGAACCUCCAGUAACCUCGCAGCAACAACACCAAUUAUUAGAACAGGCAAAAAAGGAUAUUGAAACCAUGCUUAGAUCUAAUGUAGAUUUACAUGACAAAGAGGAUUAUGCCACAUUAUUUUUGUGGGAUUUUGCAGGAGAUGAAGAAUUCUACCACACACAUCAAACCUUUUUAUCCCCAGAUGCAAUUUAUCUUGUUGUUACAAAACUCAAUGAGGCUGGCGACAAACAAGCACAAGAUUUAUUCCAAUUGUGGAUGGAUUCAAUACAUUGUUACAGUAGACUGGAAGAGGAUAUAUAUAAAUCUGAUGUCAAAAAGAGAAUAUCAGAGGAUCUUGAUCCACCGAUAGUUAUUGUUGGCACUUGGAAAGAUGCUUUGAUCUCUGAUGUACAAGAGGUAUUGAAAAUUGCCAAUGUUGUCUGA